UAUGUGUAAUUUUAAUGGAUGAAAAAAUUUUUUUCUACCCUUGAAAAGUACGUUUAUUUAUACAAUAAUGGGUGUAACGGAAGACGUGGGCGUGAGUCGUCAAUCCACACACAACUAAUAAUGACGACAUGCUCAAACUGUUAUUUUUAACUCCAGUCAUUUUUUAUAUUUUUAUGUUUAUUUAUUAAUAAGUUUGUCGCUAGUCAAUAGUGAAAUAGAUUUGUGGAUUUUGGAGGCAAUAAAUUUAAUGCGUGGGAAAAAAUUUUAAUGCAUUCGAUGCCAAGAUUCGUUAAUUCUAAUUAUAGCUUACAAUUGCUGAACAAUUGUAGGAGUAUGAAGCAGUGCGAUUCUUAUCAUGGAAGUACUGGUACACCUUUAUCACAGUGGUACAUAAGUGAUGUUGGUUACGGGAAUUCAAAUGACGACAGUAAAACUAUUUCAUUGGAAAGGAUUUACUUAAUUACUCAGCAAAAUCAAGACAAAUCUGUGCUACCAAUCUCCUUGCUGCCGGUUACCGAGGGGAUGUCCUCAUCCCCUAAGCAUAGGAUUCGGCAGUCCUCAACGGGACUGGAUGAUGCUGGGAUGGACCUACAAGCAAGUCAGCUCAGUACCCGUGCUGGUCAGGAGAUUAGCUCGACGGCUGCUGUAUCAUGGACAAACUGGAAAUUGCCAUUUCCUGUGAUAGUCUGUGCAAUUGCUGGCGCUAUUCUCUUAACUUUCCUGAUCCUCUUAUGGCUCCGCAAGCAAAUGUCGAGUGAAAAGAAGUCUAGUGAUGGAGAUAGACGUGAGUUGGUGGAAAAAGGCGCUGUUGAUGGGUCCUCGUCCUCGUCGUCACUGGAUAAGCCGGGUAAGAGUACCCAAGAAUGGUCAAUGGAAGCCAAAUGGGUUCAUCAGCCAGCUGCUAAGCCAUCGUCAGUUUCCGUGCAAACAGUUCCUGUUGCUAGAGCUGUCGGCUUGUCCACUGGCGGCUUAGUUUGCAAUUUACCUCAAGUACUGACUGUCGCGACUCCUGAGAGACGUCCUGAACCCAUUCGCAUAAAGGCUAAAGGAUCUCUUCUCGAACGACGAGGCUCAAGUGCUAGUUUGACAAUCGAGCUGGCCCCUGCGCCCGGCAGUCCACCCCAUGUCGUCACUCCAACACGCGAAUGCACCUCUGAGGAAUUUCUUCUCAGCGCUGGAAACGUUCUAUCCCGCAUGCAGUUGAGAAAAGUCAUACAAGAUCCAUCUGCGCUACAUAAAAAAUUUUGGGAGGUCCCGUUAAAUUUACCAGAGAAAGUUGAUAUUUUUGGAGCUGGCGUAAAGAAUAGAUAUUCUGGAGUUCUGCCAAACCCUCAAUCUAGGGUUGUCUUGAGGGGAUCUGAUGAUCCAGUCGCUAGUUACAUCAAUGCUAAUUACAUUCGGGGAUACGAUGGUGAAAGUAAUCGUUACAUAGCAACCCAAGGACCACUUGCCAGCACAGUGGCAGAUUUUUGGCGAAUGGUGUGGAUGGACAAAGUAUCGGGAGUUGUAAUGAUGACGCGGUUGUUUGAAGCAGCUAAGGCCAAGUGUGACGUUUAUUUCCCACUGGAGAACAACAGCCGAAUUCAGGCUGGCCCAUUUACAAUUACCGUCACGUCUAUCACGAACAGAGACGGGUACAUGAUACGUGAUAUCGAGCUGAGACACGAGAAUGAAAGAAGGAAUGUUACGCACUAUUGGUAUGACUCAUGGCCUGAUCAUGCAGUACCUCAAGCCGCGGACUCACUAGUCAGUUUGGCGGCCGAAAUAAAUACCUUGCCCGGGCCUGUGGUGGUGCACUGUAGUGCAGGGAUAGGCAGAACUGGGUGUUUCAUUGCUCUUGCCACUGGGAUGAUUCAACUCGCCCGAGAUGGCAAUGUUGAUGUUCUAGGAAUUCUCUGUCAAAUGAGGUACGACAGAGGAGGAAUGAUUCAGACAGCUGAGCAAUACGAGUUUGUACACAAAGCUCUCUGUCUGUUUGAGCAGACGCUGGAUGGCAAAGUGCCAACAACCGGCGACUGAAGUGUCUAGCCAGCUAGACAUUUACAAAUAAAAUAAUAUUAAAUAAUCAAGUUGAAGUGGCGAGUGACCUGAUUAUCAUUUAAUUGCUCGCGGAUUACUGAGGUAAAUAUUUACGUGGGUUGAAUUAAUAUUGAUAAUAAUAAUAGUAACGAUAAUAAGAAUAAUAUUAAUAUUAAAAAUAAUAAUUAUAAUAUUAAGUAUCUACUCACUGGAUGAAAUGAAAAUGUCACAACUCUUCUUCUUCUUCUUGAUUUUAAUAGCAAUGUACAACAUUGAUAACAAAAUCAAUAUCUAUCGUCGUCUUAAUGAUGUAUAACUUCGUUAAAAUUAAUCAGACGAUUAUGAAUCUCGUCACUUGUUAAGCUGCCAUUACUAUACUGCCACUAACAAAAAAUAUACACAACUUUAUUGUAAAAUAUACAUUUUACUAUUGACGAUCAUAAAUACGAUUUAAAAAAAAAUGGCUCAAGUAAUCGAGAUUAUUAUAUGAAAACAAGAGACACGACUAGAUGGUAUUUUAAUUGUAUGGUAUGACUUCCUUAAAUCUAUGAUCCGAUACUCGACAAUAUGAUAUGAAUAUAUUAUAUAUAAUAUAUAUAUUUAUUUUUAAUUAUUUAAUUAGGUCAUUGCUGGCAACAAUGGAUUAUUUGUAAUUAAAAUUUUUUUUUUAACUAUUCCUAAUCGUGGAUCAUUAAUUAUUUAUACUUUAAAUGAGAAUCUUUUAGCAUUAAAUAAUUUAAAAAUUCCGACGUGAAAACAAUGGUUUUCUUCACAAUUAUUUAUAUUUAUUUUGAAUUUAUUUAUUAACAAAGACUGAAUGCUACUAGUACAAUGUGUUUCAUUAAUAAAUUGUUAAAAAAAAAAAAAAAAAGAUAUAAAGAUAAGUUAGAUUGUGCAA